CCUCGACCGGCUGUAGUCGAUGCUGGAACUUCGUACUGCGAGUGUCUGUGUUUGUUCUUUAAGUCUUAUCGUCGUAAAUUGGUACGCAAAUUAUAUUCGUGUACAUAUACAUAGGUACGAGUCAUAGAAUAGGCGAAGAGUCUCAUUUAUGUACGAUCAUCGUGAACAGGUGGACGUCGAGGUCGGUCGGUUUGCUGCGUGAAACGAGGCCCGAAUUCAAUAAGUAAAUUGUAGUAACAGGUCAUAUAAGACGUUCACCUCCGAAGGAGACGGAGGGAGAAGAUCGAGGGGAUCGAACGAAUUUACCUCGUCCCUUCUCUAGUCCUGCUUCGGUCAGCUUCGACCCUCGUACAAAGCAGCGUCGUCUCUAUCUCUAUAUUUAAUUAUUCCACACCUGUAUCUUCUGCCUUCUACGAGAAUUAUUUUAUUUUGCCUGAACGUGGUUGCUUGGUGAUCCAACGAACGACAUUGGCCGUUGGAAAAACUGGAACAGCCGUUGCCCAUAAGCAGCGUCGCUUCAAGACCUUGCCAGUUUGUCCUUGUAACCGAAACACAUGUGCCAACCACGCUCUUAAACCACGCAUCGUCCAACUAUCAUCCCCGUGUUUCUUGCGGUCGCCUUCGACCGCACGAGGGUGGGAAAGAAUAGAAAGAGCAUAAGAAGUUUUCUCUCGCGUACCUCGAUUAUACAAUGGAGAAGAGAGCUUGGUUGAUCGACGGAUCUAAUUCGGCAAAUCGAUAAAGUUAUCCGACACGUUCUUCUUUUGACUAACGAAUACGUCGUCGAGGAUAACAACGAGACAAACGAGUGAACGAAUGUGCAGAGCGACAGAACGAGAGAAUGUACGGCUGGCAGCUUUGGACAUGGGAUAGAUGAUAGAUUGCGAAUGAUGGGGUGGUAGAGCGAAUAGGAAACGCAAAAUGGAUUGGGUGCCUCGGCUCAGGUAGCCAGAGACGAUAAAGUCGAGGGCUCCAGGGCGGAUAGGCCCCGAGCUGUUUGGUAAAGCUUCCCUUCCUUUUCUCUAUGCAUUCGGUCGAAUAAUGGGAACACAUAUUCCCAUCAAUGUUGUCGGUGAGAGUAUUACUUCUGAAAGACUGCUUUUCCUUUUCUGCCAUCUGCCGAUCGACGUUGCGCGAAAAGACUGAAUUUAAUAAUCGAUAAUCAACCGAGGAAUUCACACCGAUUGAUCUAUGCAUCGGAUCCCGGUGGAUUUGGAUUUGUUCAAAGAAGAAGGAGGAGAAGGAGGACAAUACGAAUUUACUGGUGAUCACUGGUCCAACGGAACGUUAGCGUUUGACUCACGAAAAGACUGAACACACGUUGAUUCAUUAUUCAAAGAGAAAAAGAAGAUUCGCAUAUCGCGUUCUAUAGGAAUCUGUUUUCAUUUAUCGUGCUACACAUACAUAUCUUUCGGGAUCUCACGUAAUUGUUGUACAUACAUACUUAUCUACACGUUGUAUACACAGACAGCUUGUCACACCAUCUAUACGAGCUUUAAGAAAUUUCUGACAAACGCAUAUACAAAGUGACGUACGCGUUUCAUUACGCGAAUUUUCGACUAUUAUACAUAUUGGAAAUAUAUCGCGUAUAUAUACAUGCGUGUAGAAACAGAAUAUAUAUAAUAUAUAUAUAUAUAUAUAUAUAUAUAUCUAUGUACACAUGUAAAAAAAAACUCUUUCGCUGCCUAAUAGAAGUAUUCGCGGAUAAAGUGUUGUGUGCGAUUCGGUAAAAGAACAAGUACGCAAACCGUAUCGUUGUAUCUAUUCUUUUUUUCUAUGAAGAGAAUUCACGUUAGAAGGUUUUUAACUCGAAGGAAGAAACGUUCGUUCGUUCUUUAUUUAUCUAACGGGACUCUUAUCAAUUUAUCGAGAAUAUUAUUGACGGCGCGCAACGAACAAUUAGAAAAGGAAAGUAUUUAGAGUCAGUGAGAAGUGCAGUUGAAGUGUGAUCGCUGUCAGCAAUAAAGCAGGAUGGGUUGUGGACAGAGCAAAAUCGGCAAUAUCUAUCCGAAGAAUAAGAAGAACAAAAACAAUACCGGCAAGAAAAACGGAGAUUCUGUCGGUUCUGCGUCUGUGGAACAGAAAAAUGGUAACGGUAGCACGAAGAACAACAAAACGAAUAACAAUGGGGUCGAGGUGAACAGAAACGAGGAACAAAAUGGUUCUGGCGAGGUCAAGAGCCAAGCCAAGAAGAAGCCGAACGCACCUGGCAGCGGUCCUCUGUUGCAACAAGCAGAGAUAUCCACCAGCCAACUCGACUUCUUCAAGAUGCUUGACGAGAAAAUCGAGAACGGACCGGACUACGACGAAAGUCUCGACACAACAGCCAGAGCUGAACGAGUGUCCAAUCUUCUUCGUCAAUGGGAACUAGCAAGCGUAACCUGGUCGAGCGUGUCCGAUCUGAACAACGCGUCCCCGUCCGCGAUGAAGAACCGCGGCUCGGGGCUGAACGCGUCCCGGCAGAGUCUAAGCGCGAAAGACAGAGAAGGAAUGAGGAAUAUAGUCGGCGGUAGACCGGAGAGCGCACCUAUUUACAUGAGAAACGCGAAUCGCGUGGACGGUCUGCAAGAUACUCACUGCCCAUCGCCAAGUAUGCCGAGGCACGUGUUAGAGUCGAUCACACAGAGUCCGACCCAGAGCUUAAAAAAUGUCACGCCGCCUGGAUCCUCUCCAACCGGUCUGCGUUAUCCAGAUAGUUAUAAGGAAUGCAACGCUAAUCAGACAUCCGCGAAGACCGUGAAGGCUCAUUACGGUGCUCAGAAUCCUGUGAAUGGAGAAUACGUGACGCAGCAGGCGCUGUAUCGCGAACAGUAUUUGCAACAAACCGGGAUAAUCACGGUACCUUCGCAAUAUUCGGCCGGUUCGCCUGGUGGUAAUGUCCUUAGGAACAAUCCAUACGUGCAACAGUAUCAGAUCGGCAACCCGCAACACUUUACCACGUCGAGGAAACGAGGCUUCAACGCCGCCCAAAUGACGUGACCGGACUGGCAGUACACUAACAGAUAAGACUGACACAACACACACCUACACAGACACACUUUGCGAAUCAAGAGAGAAAACGACGAACAGGACUCUACGAGGAUCUCUCGGGUUCUUCGUCGAGAUGACUUUAUUCGCGCGAAUAGUAGAGGAGAGAGAGCCCGUCGAGGCUGGAGACUGACCAACAGACGGAGAAGAUACCACGGAUGUUUCUCUGCAUGUUCCUAAAGAUAAAUAUCGUACACAUUUUUUCGUUGCCAUUGGCGGAUGUUCAGCAAACAGACAGCAACAACCCAACGGACGAAACACGAGUGCAAAAUACUUCGGUAUUGGCCUAAAUCAUUCUGCGAUCCAUUUAAAGAAGAAAACAAACAAGAUAUAUCACCGUCUCCGCGUAAAAUCUACAGUCUACAAAAUUCUUCUCUAUAAGUGCCAAAAUGCUACUAUACAUGUAAUAAGCAAUUUAAGUGUCAUGGGAAAAAUUGGAAAGGGGGAGAGAGAGAGAGAGAGACAUUAUCCGUUGAACCAAUACUCCGUUCUUUGUAAUUCAUGUAAAUGAAACUUUUUCAAUGUAUAUACAAUAUAUAUAUGUAUAUUAUAUAUGUGUGCAUUAUAUGUACAUAUAUACAUAUAUAUAUAUAUAUAUUUUCGUUUAUUGUUUCUUUUUUUUUUUUUUUUUUUUAUCGGUAGCAUGUCUACGUACCAUUGGUAAAUGUAAAUUUCUAUAAGGGAAAAAGAGAAACAAAAUGAAAAAAAAAAAAUUAUAAAAGAAUAACACACGCGAGCGCGAAUUUCGCUAUAGCGUUUUGUAUAAUUGUGUAUUAGCAACGUAUUCCGAGAUAUAUAUACUUCGCAUAUACGUGUGUAUGCAUUUAUGUAUGUAUCUGAGCUGACGUGAGAAAAGCAGAAUAUAGUAAAUGAGAAGAGCAGCAGAUGUAGGGUCUUACUUGUACCGUGUAUAGAUUCAUUGUAUGUAUUGUAUGGAUACAUUUAACUUACCGUGAUGAUUGUAUAUUUAUAUGUUGACCAUGUUUAAAGUUAACGAUAUAUAUAGUUGAUGAUGAGAGUUUUAUAUUUCAUGUUACAAAUAUGCUCUAUAUUGUGAAAUACACUUAAUCGAAAUCGCUGCAUCACCGUCGAACUCUGACAACUAUAUUUUGUUCCGUUGAGAAAUUUUUUUUUUUUUAUAAAUAAAUUCGUAAUUUUUCCCCAACAA